UGGUGCUGCUAUGGAAAGAUGUGAUCAGAGGGUCAGAAAGAGGAGGUUUUUCCUGGCUUGCUCAUUUCAGUAAUAAUAAAACAACUUCUGAAAUUACAAAAGACGGGCUGGUGGCGUUGGGAAAGUAAAACUCAGUGCACCGUGCCUGAACACAGAGCAGGAAGAAUGCCUCUGUUGUAGAGGAGGUUUUUUUCCCGGCUGUAUUUUGGCAUAAGCGCUUUAAGAGGAUGUCAAAGCGACGGGCAUCGGAGAGGGGAGCAGGAGAGACGUCCGCCAGAGCCAGCAAAGUUCUGUGUUCUGGGAUAUCGGGAAAUAAUGCCAAGAGAGCCGGGCCCUUUAUUCUAGGACCUCGAUUAGGGAACUCUCCAGUGCCAAGUAUAGUUCAAUGCCUGGCAAGAAAAGAUGGCACAGAUGAUUUUUAUCAGUUAAAGAUCCUCACUUUGGAAGAAAGGAUUGACAAGGGAGGGGAGACCCAGGAGGAGCGUCAAGGAAAGAUGCUGCUGCACACGGAAUACUCCCUGCUGUCUUUGCUUCACAAUCAGGACGGAGUGGUGCACCAUCAUGGACUCUUUCAGGAUCGAGCCUACGAGACUGUUGAAGAUCACGAAGCCAACAAAAUCCGAAAAAUGAAGAAGCGGAUCUGUUUAGUUCUUGAUUGUCUUUGCGCUCACGAUUUCAGUGACAAAACAGCAGACCUCAUCAACCUCCAGCAUUAUGUUAUUAAGGAGAAGAGACUGAGCGAGAGAGAAACCAUUGUAAUAUUCUACGAUGUGGUACGAGUUGUCGAAGCAUUGCAUAAGAAGAAUAUUGUGCAUAGAGACUUGAAGCUUGGAAACAUGGUGCUCAAUAAAAGGACUCACAGAAUUACCAUCACUAAUUUCUGCUUGGGGAAACACCUAGUGAGUGAGGACGACCUUCUCAAGGACCAGCGGGGAAGCCCAGCUUAUAUCAGCCCAGAUGUGCUCAGUGGCCGGCCGUACCGUGGAAAGCCAAGCGACAUGUGGGCUCUGGGGGUGGUGCUGUUCACAAUGCUGUAUGGCCAGUUUCCCUUCUACGACAGCAUACCUCAGGAGCUGUUCAGAAAAAUAAAAGCGGCAGAAUACACCAUCCCAGAAGAUGGCCGCGUGUCGGACAACACUGUGUGUCUUAUUCGGAAAUUGCUUGUGCUGGACCCACAGCAGAGGCUCACAGCAGCAGAGGUCCUGGAGUCUCUCAGCAGCAUCAUCGCCUCGUGGCAGUCAAUGUCUUCGCUGAGUGGCCCGCUGCAGGUAGUGCCAGAUAUUGAUGAUCAGGUGAACCAUCCCGAACAUCUUCAAGAGGCCAAGGUGACGGAAGAGUCUUCGCAGUACGAGUUUGAGAACUACAUGAGGCAGCAGCUGAUCCUCGCGGAAGAGAAAAACACUAUUCACGAAGCCAAGAGCUUCCUCCACAAGCGGCAGUUUGGGAACAUCCCCCCCGUCCGACGCCUGGGACACGACGCCCAGCCCGUCAGUCCGCUGGACGCUGCUAUCCUUGCACAGAGAUACUUGCGAAAGUAAGCCAUUGGCAAACUGCGGCGGCGGCGGCGAUCGCGACCUUCUCCGACCGCCGCCUCGCCAUUACACACCGGACAUCCAGAGCAAUACAGUUCUGCAAUAGAGAAUAAUGUAGCAGUCCAUCCCGGCUCUAUUGAGGAUACAUUCUGAUUCAGUGAUCAUCUUUCGUUCCAUGGAAUAUUUUGCUAUUUGCUCUUUUUUAUCACAGUUAUCUAGAAUGAUUCUUUAAUUGUGACUUCAGAUCUACCUCUCUCUUCAUCUUUUAACAAUGACACAGUCCUCUACGUAAGGAGUCGUGAAUCAGAACUAGUGACGUUGACAUUAUUGGUAAAGCAUUAUCAUUGGUGCAUAUUGUAGUAUGGAGUAGCUACUGGUAACAGUCCCUCCAUAUGAUACGAAUAAGCUUAUUUUUCUUUCUCUUAACAAAGGUAGCAUUUUGUGUUUAUCUGGUAUUUUGGCAAGCCCCAUUUUAAAGAUGUUAUGUCAAGUUCAGUGACCCGAAGACCGCUUUACCAGUAUCUGUAAAUGCAGAAAAGCCUGGUUCUUGUUAUUUUUGCAUUUAGGCAGCUAUCUUCUACAUGCUACAAAAUAAGGACAAUGCCAAGAUUCGGGUAGGGGGUACAAUCAUGUUGUGUGAUAAAUGAGUGGUCAAAUCAAGCUCAAGGAUUGCAAGUCAUCUUGAAACAACAUACAAUGAAUUAUGUCAGUUAAUUUAUCAUUAGAAAUAUGUAUUUGGAUAGGUAUGUAUGAUAUUUUUGUAUAGAUUUCUAUUAUCAGCCAGCAUGAUUUUAUUAAACUAUUUAAAGCCAAGAAGGAGGCAGCAUCUUUAAACUGGUUUGUUUGCCAAGGCAGUCAGAUGUCUUUCCAUUUCUCUCCUGUUUGUAAUUCUAAGGUCCUCCUUGAUUUUCUCAUUAGGUUUUCAAAGCUACAUAAAAGUGUAUCAUUGUGGUACAAAUAUAUUAAAUGUGAAAAUAAAAGUCUCAAGAAUAGGUAAAUGUAAUUAGUUUAAAGAGUCUAUGAUACAUUUUCACAAUGUAGUAAAAAUAUAUGGCUGACGGUAUGAAGGUUUCCCAUGGUCUAGAGCUAGGUUUGUCUCCUAAAAACAGGAAGCUGACAGUUAUAAUUUGAGUACACAAAGCUAAAGCACAACCUAAACCUCUUAUCACACUGCAUUGGUUAUUAUAUGUAAUCAUAUGUGCAGUGAGCGUGCUGGUGAUCUUACAAAUAAGAAACAAAGUUUGUCUUAAUAAUUAAUAAUUGUUAAGAAUUUAACAAUAGGUGUUUUCCAAGGCAACCAACUUUCAGUGCCCGUUUUAUAACUAAAGCCCUGGUUUUGAAGACACUUUGGUUCGACUUCCAGAAGAAAGUCAGUCGAGAACUGAAAAGACUUGGUUUUUCCUGGUAAUGCAUCGAUCUGUCAUAUCCAUAACAUGGAUUAGUGUAAAACCUUAGAUCCAAAUAAACUAGGCAAUGUAGAGUUCCAUAGAAAGUACAAGACAAUUAUCUAAAGUUUUUACUAAAUAAAAUCUAUAAAUUAUAAAAGUGUAUUCAUAAAUUUAAAAUGGAUAACACUAGUAAAUGUAACUUCUAAAAAUGUUUUUUCUUCACUGUUUAUUAAUUUCAAUGCCUUUUCUUGCCAAGUAUAUUGUAUAACUUUCAACCCUCUGGACGUGUGAAUUUCAGUUCUUGUUGUUUUGAUGUGUGCAGGAGCUAACCAGAGCAUUUGGAACGAUUUGUUUUCUCCAAAUGACUUAAGUCUUUUCUCGGUAAUGUUGAGGAGGUUUUUCAAUGCAUAGGAACUUAUAAAUUCCUGUACCCCUGAAGUGCUAGAUGUGCAGAUUUUGUUUUUGCACUGGCUUCUGCUGAAUUUAGGGGAACAAUGUAUUGUGAUAAAAUCCAGAACACCAAUCCAGAACCCUGUACUAUUGAGUAUACCCCUAAACAAAUCUAUAAAAUGUGUUAAAUGAAUCUUUUAAAAAUCUCUUGACACUCCUGCCAACAGUUUUAUGUUCUUUUAUCCAAUAUUGUUCAACUAUUUGUGAUUUAAUUAAGAGCACGUGCGCAUUUCUGAAUUUUUUCUUUAAAAUCAGAUGUGUAUUGUGCAGCCAAUAUAACACCUUGAGAAAACUGUUGUUUUCAUUUAGUUCUUGGUUUUGUUUUAACUAGAUAAAGUAUACUUGUUUAAUCAAAGAAAAGACAUCUAGACUGACCACAAAGCAUGAGUGAAUUAUUAACUGUUAUUGUAGUUUUUCUUGUCUCUUUCAAGUCAUGUGAGUUUUAUUUAUUCACAGUGUAGAAUUUCCACAAUAGUUUUCAUUUUUAUUUUUCAGUCAAAUGCAUCUUAACUUUUAAGAGUGUCUUUUAAAACUGAGGGUUUAGCUAUUGCUGUGAUUUUUCUCUUUCUGUCUGACUUCCCUUAAAAAGAAGCAUAUUUUCUUUCCUUGUAAUUUGGUUAAGUUGCCACAUAAUUGUGGAUUAAGCUACACUAAUACAGAAUAGAAUUCUGCAUAUGUUUAUUUUUUUAAGUAAAUAUAGUACAUUAGUUUGAUUUAUGAGAAAAAUAAUUGUUUAUAGCAAUCAAGGAAUUAAUAUAAUGUUGCACUGUUUAUCAUCGUAUAAGAAGUGUGAUGGCAGUAGGUGUGCAGUGCGUUCUUUGAGCUGCUGUCUUGAAAAGUAUUUUAAAUUUUGAUCUGUGAGCCCUUUUUUCAUCAUUUGGAGACUAAACAUCCUAAGUGAUUUGACACCAUUUGUUAAUGUGUUUAUACAGACAGUGAAAAUAACUGACGAUGCAUUUCAGUGAGUGAAUAUAUUCAGCAGUAUUGUAGUUUAAAUGGGUAUGAAUCAGUAAUUGUGAACCAUGAACAAAUGCUAGCAUAAAAGACUCUUAAUUAUUUUCUAAAUAAAUGUCCAUUGCACCCGACAGAUACUGAUGGAUUAAGGUAGACCUCAAUCCUGGUCAUCGAAGCAGAAAUCUAACAGGAUUUAAACUAGGAGUUUCUAGUCCCAGUCCUCAGAGUCGGGAAUUCAGCACGUUUUCUGUAUCUUUCUUGCGUACCAACAGCUGCACACCUUAGAGAACAAUGAGGUUUAGUCAGUUGAUUUUAGUCCCUCUUCUACAACUUGAAGAUGUAGAUGGGUUUUUAAAGAGACAGCAUACCAAUAAGCAGGAUCCUGUGGACUGGUGCUGGAAAGAAAUCCCUGGUUUAAAUCAUUCAUCACUUUCAAGGCCUCCAUUCAAAGAUUGUCCAAUUAUUAUCUCCAGCUAAGCAUGAGCCCAACUAUUUCAAGAACAGUCCUUGGGUCUUGAGCGAUUGAUGACUUAUGUUUAAUGGAUUGCGGCCUGAAUUAGAGGGGAAGAUGGAUCACAAGCACGGGAUAUCCAUUAGGCUCAUCGCGCUUGUUUGGUUGGGUGCUUUGCUAGCUGUUUAAAAAGUAUACUGUAUGUGUAACUGUGUCCCAUUUCCAUUUUAAGCAGGGUUGUAAAAGCCAGGGUUGCAUCAAUACACUGUAUCACUAGUAAAAAUAUUUCCCUGUCAGGGCAGUAUACCUAAUCCAUUUUGUGAGGAUGAAAUUAUGCAGCAGUUCAAGCAUGAAACAGGUGGUUAAGUAGUGUUGAACUGUAAUUGUAAGUUAUGGUGUUCGCAUGCUUUUGACCCACAAGGUUGAAGACUAUCUUAAAAGGUUUAAACCAUAGUAUCGGACAUUAUAAAUGUUAAAAAUACAUUUUAUUGCCCCAAUGAAAACACUUGUGUGUUCGAUAUGCCUGACAUUUGUUUUAACUGGAAGAAAAGGAUCAUGGUGCAAGAUAAGAUGGGGGUAAAAAAGGCAGUAAAUUCGAGCUGCUCCACUGAGUAAGUUAACAGAGAACUAGGUAAUUGUAUAAAAAAAAUCAAAUUUGUAUAAAAGACAUAUUUUUGUACUUCAUCAAACCUCUACAUGCAUGUCAGCAAUAAAAGUUUCAUAUGGAAACCUGA